AUCCUGAAGCUGAAGCUCCAAUACUUUGGCCACCUCAUGAGAAGAGAAGACUCCCUGGAGAAGACCCUGAUGUUGGGAAAGAUGGAGGGCACAAGGAGAAGGGGACGACAGAGGACGAGAUGGUUGGACAGUGUUCUUGAAGCUACCAGCAUGAGUUUGACCCAACUGCGGGAGGCAGUGGAAGACAGGAGUGCCUGGCGUGCUCUGGUCCAGGGGGUCACAAAGAGUUGGACACGACUAAACGACUAAACAACAACAAUAGGUAGCCGUGUUGGUCUGACGCAGUCGAAAUAAAUAAAAAAAAUAAAAGAGUUAGUGUCGAAGGUGCUACUGGACAAUUUUUUAAUUUUGACUGCUAGAUUUGGGCUUCUACUAGAUGACCACGUGCACAUUUUGUAGGAUCAUCUCCAAAGAAAGGGAGCCCGUGACUGUUCCUUUAAAAAACACACACGGCGGAUUUCUAGAUGCAAUACUUCCCCUACUUUUUGCGUUGCAUCCUAACCGGAACCUUAAGUCGCGGUUGCGUGGAGCUUUGUGAGGCACCUCUUUGACCGCGACCACACCCGCCGUUGAACUGAGCAUGCGCAGAAGCGCCGGUUCCCUUUUAGCGGAAGUGGGGAGUCCGAGGCGGUUGCUGUGGAAACCGCGCCCAUCGGAAGGGGCGUGGCGUAAAUGAGCACCUCCUCUCGCCUUAAAGGGCAAUCCUGUGACGCGCCGAAUGCGGGCUGAGUCUAUCAAGGUUGCAGAUGAUCGCGGAUUAGUGUCGUCUUUAUUGGCCUGUCAGAGGAAAGGUUGCCUCCUUCAUACGCAGAAGGAGGACCCGGAACCAAGGUGUGCCCACCCUUAUACAGACAUUUUAAAUUGCCAGCCCUGGAGUCCAAGACCAUCCCCAGAAACAUCAUACAUACAUCACAGAAGGGGUGUAGCUCAAGACCCCCCCCGACACAUCAUACCUACAGGAAACCAUGCAAAGAACUCCUGCCAUGAACAUGUUUGUGUGCAUCUCUGUGCAAAGGAAUUUGAAGGUUGCUGGACCAGUACCUGCAGAUCCCUGGAUGCCCACAGGGAUGGGGAUUUGCCAGGGCAGCCUUCCAAAAUCCAUCAAGCCCUUGAAACGUGAACUACAAGAGAAGCUGCAGAGUCCCAUCAUCAUUUUUAUGGUAGGUGGUCCAGGUUGCGGCAAGCAGAUACAGGGUCACCGGCUGGCUAGCAAGUAUGAUUUCUACCACGUUGGCAUCGGAGAGCUGCUGCGAGCGGAAGCCAGCAGGCCCACCCGGAAAGGAAAGACCAUUAGGGACAUCAUCCUGAAAGGUGCUCUGGUGCCCUCGGGCUACAUCUUGGAACUGCUUACUGACAACAUGCUAAAAGCCGAAAACGUCAAAGGAUUCUUUGUUGAAGGCUUCCCCCGGGAAAUCCAUCAGGCCAAACUAUUUGAAGAAGUGGUGGGGCGUGCACCCAACAUCGUGAUAGUGCUUGACUGCUCAACGGAGACUAUGGUCCAGCGACUGCUGAUCCGAAGCCAGAUGGGCGAGAGGGUGGAUGACCAUGAUAAAAUCAUCCAGAACCGGCUUGACACUUACUAUACACUGUGUGAGCCCGUCUUCACCCACUACCUACAGAAAAGCCUACUUCGGCAUGUAGGUCUCAGAGAACUUGGCUGGGCCCCCUUCCUUGUCCUUUCCCACAGAAUCCAGGCCUGGAAGUCCUGGCAACUUUGCAAGAGGGCAGCUUAUUUGCUUCUGAUGUGGACAAGCAGCCAAUGCAGUCCUUUCAGAAAGACUCUCUCUUGCCUACUAACAGGGCCAUUUGAAAGGUUGUGUCCAAUAGGCAGUGAGGCAGGAAGCAUUAAGUCAAAAGGGCAGGAGGUUGGAAACAGCCACAUUAGACCCCAAUCUUCUUAUUUCAGGGAGGAGGUCUUCCAGAAAUGCUUGUGAAAAAGUUGUACUAGAAUGCAAAAUCUCAAAUGCACUCACUCCUCAACCAAGUAAUAGGAUCAUAAGCAGAAGAGCCCUCUAGUAGAUCAUUUGCUACAAUUCCCUUCCUUGAAGCAGGAUGGCAGAUAUCAAAGAACUUAAAAGGAUGCUGUCCUGUUCAUCCUUGACUACGCAAAAUGAUUUCCCCUAACUUCUUCCAGUUUGCCACUAGCAGUUUCUCCUGAUUUUGAAUGUUAAGUGUCAAAGCGCAGUUUAUCUUGGACACUCAUCAGAACUGCCAAGAAGAAGAGCUGGUUAGGUACUGCACCAGGUCUGCUUCUUGCUCUAAAGAAGCCACUGAAAGCUGCUUUCCAGGAGCAGCUCUAUCUGAUGGGAGCUGCUAGCUCCCCUUAGAUGCCCAAGGGCAGCUGAAGAAUGACAAGGAGACACCCCCCUUCUAGAAGGGAGCAAAGCCCCAUCCAUGCUGAUGACAAAAGGAAAGACUAAGGCAAGGUAUAAAAUCUAGUUGGACGUCUUUACCAAAGAAACUCUUACAAAAUAGUGAGAAUGCUUUUGAGCUCUCCAAAAUUCUUCCAUUAGGCUGGUUGUUAAGCAAUGCAGGGGGUAGGAAGAAAAAAAGUUGGCUCGAUGGAAUAUAAACUUUGUGGCUACUCCGUUGGUGUUCAAUAUGUUAACUCCUACAAAACUUCAGUUCAAUCGGAUUAGGCUCAAUUUGAUAUUGAUGGGUUUGAAGAUGCACCUCAAUAUAUUACUAAACUGGAUUUUUGCAUCUCUUCUUAUAGGUCAACAAAGCUUUCUUUGCUUUUUUCUGCAAUUCUAUCAGAUGUGAAUUAAGCCAAACCUAAUCUAAGCAGAAAGUAAACGUCUUGCUCUAGAGCAGCUGGGGUCAAGGAAGAUUUUUGUCUCCCGUUAGCUGUGACAGUAGAUGUGGCCUGUUUUGCACAAGACCUCUAUAGGAACCAUUAAGUUAAACUGAGCAAAGAGGCUACAGUUAGGGACACAGGUUUGUGUGUUCUUUCACCCCAUGAGUGGGGGCACAGAACACAUUUGGCCCCCACAGCAAUUUGCUGCUUUUUCUUUUCUUUGGGACUAUCCCAUGGGAAAAUUUUAACAGCUGCACCAAGGUCUAGUGAUGGCCAUACCUACUCCAAGCCCUCCUAAAACUGGGCAGGCUUCCUUUCAUUGUCCAUGUCUACCCCAGCGUGGGGGUGGGUCAGCAGCAAGUGUUGUUUUCUGCUGCGUGCUUGGCAUAAUUCCUUAUAAACAGAGGCAUGCUCAGGCUUUCUAUACCCGGUGGUAGCAACAGAAAAGUCUCCUCUGUAAGUAGCUGGCUCCAGAUGUGCCCAAGAGCUCUUCAUUCCAUUUAUUUCCAGAUCCUUGGGGAAGAACCACCAGACACCAUUUUUACCAAAUCCUGCAGUGUAGUGGAUGAAGUGAUAAAGGCAGCUACCACUAAAUAAAGUGCAAAGCUAGGUAUCUCUACGUAAAAAUAAAGAUUUAUGCUGCUGGUCCA